GGGAUGUGCUUAGAUACCAACUGAAGGGAGGCAAUUACAAUUUCAACAAAAUAGGUAGUCGGUUAAAGAUUUUGGCUUGACUCUUCUUUUACAAUUGCCUUUUAACAAAUGGUACGUCUAACAACUUGAGUCGAGCAAUUUGUGCUUGCUCCUUGGAUGCUCAGGCCACGUGAGAUCUUUUGGAUAUAAUUUCUCCAGAACCCUUUCCUCAUUAUAAAGAUCCAACCUCGAUUCGUAGCAACCAAUGUAAAGUAUGGUGGUCCUUAUUGACGGCAUUAAAUACGCUUGCCAGAGUUGUAUUAAAGGCCACAGAGUGGCUCAAUGUCAGCACAAGGAGCGGCCCUUACAGCCAUUGCAACGCAAAGGACGGCCGAUCAGCCAGUGCAAUCAUUGUCGCGGAAACCGAUUGAAAAACAAAUCGCACGUCAAAUGCACCUGUGCUAUAUCUUCAGUACCUAAUCCUAUAAACGGUUGCAUGUGCCAUGUCAUUGAUCUAUGCACUUGCGUCUCGUUUGACUUACAAGAUACAUCUAUCUCGCCCACGUCGCCUAAUUUAGCCAGAGACAGCAAAGUCGAAAAGUUAAGCCCAACACUCGCGCAACAUCCAAACACCGAUGAUAGUGGACCACCGUCAGUGGUAGAUCAAGAUGUUUGGAACACUGUGAUGGGCGACAUUGAUAUCAUAUGCGAUAACAGUUCUCGAUUCCCAAUAAGAAAAUCGGUUGAAGGAGACGGAAACGGGUAGUAGUAAUAAGAAAGCUAAUACAGAUCGGUCUCCAUGUAAUCUACGCUGAAUCCUCGGUCGUGCAAUGUUUGGUUCUUGAUUUUUUCCCGCUUCUGCUUUGAUUCCAAUUCCUCGCGCUGU